AUGGCUGCAUCGUCUGGUGGCAACCCCGAGAUGGAAGAGAUCCAAGACUAUGGUCUGACCCAAGUAUACAGUCCAAUAGGAGGUGGGAAGGUUGAUAUCGUCUUCGUUCAUGGCCUCAACGGUCAUCCUAAGAAAACAUGGACCGCAGAGAAAUCAAAGCUAUUCUGGCCGGCCCAGCUCCUGCCCCCUAUCCUCGAGGAAUCUAAAGCCCGCAUCCUAGUAUAUGGCUACGAUGCCACCGUUGCGAGUUUCACGGACGGCGUUUCAAAAGAUAAGAUCCACAACCACGCCGAGAGCCUCGUUGCUUCGUUGGCUGCAAACAGGAAUAUACGACGUGCAGCCGAAAGACCUAUCAUUUUUGUCGCGCAUUCCCUUGGGGGCUUGGUCGUCAAACGUGCAUUGAUCUACUCAGAAGACAUCAAGGGCAGUCACACAGAACAUCUUCGCUCUAUAUAUGUCUCGACGUACGGUAUAUUAUUUCUGGGCACCCCGCACAGAGGGUCAGACAUUGCAAAAUGGGGCUCGCUCCUCGAAUCUAUCUGCCGUGGCGUUAUGCCCUCGGGCUUAGUUGACAGCAAUCCAGCAUUAGUCGAUGCCCUCAAACGUGAGAAUGAGACCCUCCAAGUCAUCGAUCGGCAGUUUAUUCAGCUCAUUAGCCGCUUCCGCGUCUACUUCUUCCACGAAGGGAAGAAGACGAACCUGGGAAAGCUGAAGAUGGAUAUGAUAGUGGACGAGGAGUCUGCUAGUCCUAAUGUGCAAGAUGUGGAAAGAUCUGUCAUUCAGCAAGACCACAGCCAUAUGUGCAAGUUCGAGAGCGAUAGCUCGCCCGGAUUCGACCUUGUUGCAGAAGCGUUGAUGCGUUAUUCGCGCGACGCUCCGAACACUAUCGUCAAUAGGUGGCAGCAAGAGCGGGACGAGAGUCUGACAAGAAAGAGAUAUUGGCUUGAUGAAAACACGCCUGAUGCUCUCAAAGUUUCUCCGAAGACAGAUACUUCUGUUUCCAAUACACCUGGUAAGACGCCCUUAGCUUUGCCGGGUACAGAAAAUCAGAGACUCUACGAUCAGAUUGAGGUAGAAGAAGUUGACGAUAAAGAAAUGGUGGAUGUUACGCAUCAAUACGAAUUUGGAAUUAUUAAUCUCGAGUCCAUUGCUGAUUUUCUCGUUUCCGUAGACUCCUCCCAAAUCAUUCAACCCAAGCCCGCCCCCAAAACCGACGUAAAAGACACUGCUACCAAUACUCCGGCUUCUUCCAACUCCCCUAAACCUUCUGAUCCAUACUUCAUUGUCCCACCUGGUUUCAGACCUAAUUCUUUCUUCGUUGGGAUGGCAAAAGAGCUUCUCGAUCUCGAUAAACACCUAUUUGACAAAAGUCGACGCUCAAAAGGGUCUGCUUGCGUCCUUCUCCAUGGCCAACCAGGUGGCGGGAAAACACAUCUUGCUCGACAGUAUGUCAAUAAGAACAAAAAAAGAUAUGCAGGUGGCAUUUUUUGGGUCAUGUCAAAAUCAGUCCAAGAAUUGCAUCACUCAUUCUGGGAGAUCAAGCAGAAGGUCAUCGCGCGAGACUGUCCCGAGUAUUUCGACAACGCUGACAGCAAAGACUGGGUCCAUUCGGUCAAAGCCUGGUUCGAGAGUCGGCAAGAUUGGCUGCUAGUAUUUGACGGCGUGCUUGUUGAGAAAGACGAAGACGCGACGGAGCUGAACAAUUAUGUACCGGACAGUCGAAAUUCAAGUAUCAUCUUCAUAUCAAGAGCGAAGAAUCUGCAAUCGUUCCAGCGACUACUUCGACCGUUUCCGAUCAAAGUUGGCUCACUCAAGGAAGACGAUGCGCAAAAGCUUCUGAUCAAAAUGGUCAACCCACGGAAAGUGACCGAUGCAGAUAGAAAAAGAGCCAGGGAGCUGAUCCAACGAGUUGGUGGGCUGCCGCUUGCUAUUGGAGCGAUCAGCCGCAGAAUCGCAGAUACAGGGGAGCCACUUGCGAAAUUCAAGCUUUCAUACACCGCUAUCUCGGGUCUAGACAAUACUUACAACCAGAUCCUUGACGAUCUUUUGCGGCUUGGUCACAAUGAAGCCUGGAAUCUCAUCAACAUUCUAUGCUGGUUUGGCCAAAAUAUUCCCGUAGAGAUGGUUCACCUUGGGCUCCGCAUACUCAGAGCCAGGAAUGUUGAGGUGAAAACGCGAGAGGAGGGAGGCUUCGCGGACCUUAACAACACUUUAAGUAUUUUGCUGCGCUACGCUCUUCUUGAGAGAAACGAGCCUGAGUCUGAUAAAGGUUCUGCAUCGUCAAGCCGGGAUAGCCUCAUGGAACCUGAGCCAAUCGACAUGCUGAAGAUACAUACCGUUGUCCAAGACUUCUGCUGUGAAUCUCUCAAUUCGCGAAGAAUGCUCCCGCAAUGGCUGGGUUACGCUGUGAACCUUUUUUCCUACUCAUAUCAUGAAGCUGAUACGAAGAUGAAGCGUAGAACUGAGGCACCUCGAGUGUCUGACUAUAGAUACUAUCUGGUUCAUGGCCAACGCCUGUGGGACCACUCCUGGACUUACCAAGGCUCAAACCAGAACCUGGAGGAUAUACGAGAAGUUCUUCAACCAAUCCUCAACAUGAUCAACGAGGAGAUCCACGCAAGGGAGCCUACUUCAUCACAAGAGAGCUUGGCCCAUGGCAUUUUCCAAAUAUCAAUAUUUGACCGGACAAGCAGCUCUUCAGACAGUGCACCCUCAGUACCAGGUCCCCCAACUCCGAAUCAUCGCCCUACUCCCCCUCCUCUAGCACACGAGACUAUAUUCGGUAUUCCUAAAGAUAAACCUAUGGACUCUCCCGCAAGCAUGGGGACAGCAAGUCCAGGCAUUCGCCCGAAAAUAGUCGGUCAAAGUCCAGUAGGUCGAGUACUUGAGCAUGAAGACAAGGGCUAUGAGAGUGACCAUGAAUCCCAUGAUAUGCGGCGAAAUCCAUCCGAAACGACAGCUCGACCAACUUCUCGUCCUCGUGCCCCAACUGCGGGAAGCUACGAGUCCGGCUGGCCGGUCGUACAAUCGCCGAGAAACUCAAGACAGAGUCGUUACCGGGAUCUUGGUAGCUACAGACCAAUGCCAGUGAAGGCCCAGGUCAGUAGACAAAGCGUCAGCGUCUCGGUGGGCGAGGUACAAGAAAACAUACAGCACAGACGGAAUUCUUCGCCAGCCAAGGAAGCCCUGAAAGAAGUUCAGAAUCGCAGUCCGCCGUCUUCGGUUGACCGUGUAACUUCUUUCCUCAAACGACCUUUCACAUCGCAGGAGAAUAGACCUACAUGGGCAAACAUCGCUGCUGGUAAGAAGCCGUCUCAAUCAACGAAUAACGACAGUCAUGUUCAACCGAGUAGUACUUCUGCCGGCUCUCGUAUUUUCGGACUCGGAAAGUCGAACGCAAACACAAAGCCUCGGCAGAGCAGUGCAUCAAGCCCCUUGGCCACAGAAUUCCUACCUCGAGGCCCUGAUACAGGUGAUACUCAGAGAAUGGACGGUGAUUUCACAUUAUACUCCAGCGAUGACCCCGAUACCGCUGUUAUUGGGCGGCCCCCUGCCAACACACUUUACCAAUCAAAUAUGGUACCUCGAGGAACACCACAACCACAACCAAUCCUUUACCCUCCAUUUCAAUCCACCGCUGUUCCACCACCACUUGGGCCAAAUCCAGCCCCUCUACCCUAUGACAACAAUAUGAUAACCACCAGCCAACGCCCACGCCCUGUAAAUCCUAUCAUCGCCUCCAACAUCCCACUCCAGGCACCAUACACCAAUCCGAUACCCUCCACCAUCUCCACAGCAGAAACCUUCAAUCUCUCACAGUCCCUCCCCACAAUCCACCAACCCUACUUCUACUACACCCCACAAAAUCUCCCCUCAGGCUACACAUCCCAGCCCAUGUCGCGCGACACCUCCCACCAAUCACACGCCUCACUCGCAGAAACAGAACCGCCGCCCUACCCACCCGGAUCCAUCUCCCCCUACACCCAUCCCCAAAUCUCCCCCCACAGCGUCUCCCCCGCGACCGCGCCCCCGACGGCCGCCCACUGCGCAAAUCCCCGAAAACCUCCCCAGCCGUCCAAGCCGCGGCCUCCAGCGCCGGCGUAUCGAGCAACCCCAGCCCCACAACAACAAAUUUCUUCUCACCCCCAUACCCGACGUAUCCGAUGA